AAGAGGAACACCUUUUGCUGCUCAAACCGCGGUAAUAAAUGCUCUUCGUAAAGUAAUGAAUCGAGGUAUGCUACGAGCUGAAGUAUUUAUAAAAGGUCCCGGUCUCGGAAGAGAUGCAGCAUUACGAGCUAUUCAUAGAAGCGGUCUACUAUUAACUUUUAUAAGGGAUAUAACCCCUAUGCCACACAAUGGCUGUAGACCCCCCAAAAAACGACGUGUGUAGAAAUCAAAAGUGAACCUAUAUCAAGAGAAAUAGAAGAUUCACUAAUAUACUAAAUCAAAAUUUUUAUGGUUCGAGAGAAAGUAGCAGUAUCUACUCGGACACUACAGUGGAAAUGUGUUGAAUCAAGAAUAGACAGUAAACGCCUUUUUUAUGGCCGCUUUAUCCUAUCUCCACUUAUAAAAGGUCAAGCCGAUACAAUAGGAAUUGCGAUGCGAAGAGCUUUACUGGGAGAAAUAGAAGGGGACAUGUAUCACACGUGUAAAAUCUGAGAAAGCCUCGCAUGAGUAUUCUACCAUAGGCGGGAUUCAAGAAUCGAUACAUGAGAUUUUAAUGAAUUUGAAAGAAAUUGUAUUGAGGAGCAAUCAAUAUGGAACUUGUGAUGCGUCUAUUUGUAUCAAGGGACCUCGACAUGUAACUGCCCAAGAUAUAAUAUUACCCCCUCAUGUACAAAUCGUUGAUAACACACAACAUAUAGCUUGGUUGACAGACCUAUUGAUUUUUUUAUUGGAUUAAAAAUAGAGAGAAAUCGCGGAUAUUUCAACAAAGCGGACCUUCACUUUGACGAUGGAAUUUAUCCUAUAGAUGCUCUAUUCAUGCCGGUUCAAAAUGCGAAUCAUAGUAUUCAUUCUUAUGGGAAUGAAAAACAAGAGAUACUUUUUUUGGAAAUAUGGACAAAUGGGAGUUUAACACCAAAAGAAGCACUUCAUGAAGCCGCCCGAAUCUUGAUUGAUUUCUUUAUUCCUUUUUUCCAUAUGGAAGAAGAAAGCUUAUAUUUAGCGGAUGCGGAACACAAAAUUCCCCUAUCCUCCCUUAUCUUUUAUAAUAAAGUGACUAAACUUAUAAAAAAAAAAAAGAAACUUUCAUUGAAAUUAAUUUUUAUUGACCAAUUAGAAUUCCCUCCCAAGAUAUAUAAUUGCUUGAAAAAGUCAAAUAUAUUUACAUUAUUUGAUCUUUUUAAUCACAAACAAGAAUAUCUUUUAAAAAUAGAACAUUUUCAACUAGAAGAUAUAAAAAAACAUAUUGGGGAUUCUAGGAAAAUAUUUUGUACUUUAUUUAUAAGAAACUUCGGUUUAAUUAAUAAAUUAAUUAAAAAAACUUUUUAUAAAAUAUUUUUUAGUCUAGAAUUUGAUCAUUUUAUUUUCAUCACUAUGAAUUAAGAGUUUCAUAUUCAAAAUACGAAAUAUUAAAAAAUAUCAAAAAGGAAUCGAAAAAUUCAUGAAUAUGAAUUUAGGUGUAUCUAGGAAGAACUUUGAAGAAACGCUUCCCUAGAUACACAAGCUUUGGUUUUUUAAAAUUGAAUUAAAACUCCACAAAACAAAUUUAAAAAAGACCUAAAGUGAGAGAUUUCUCAAUAGGUAAUGUUGCACCAAUGCCCAACCAAAAGGUCACUCCGGUACCAAUCAAAAACACAGUGGUUGCUACUGGACGACGAAAUGGGUUUUGGAAUUUAUUAACAUUCUCUAAAAAAAGGGAUUGUUAAUAAUCCCGUAGGUACUGAAACCAUUAAAAGAACACCUAAUAUUUUAUUAGGCACGGUACGAAGUAUUUGAAAUACAGGAAAAAAAUACCAUUCAGGUAAUAUUUCUAACGGGGUUGCAAAGGGAUUUGCGGGUUCACCAAUCAUUGAUGGUUCUAGAACUGCUAAACCUACAUUACAUGCAAUAGUACCAAGAAUAACUACUGGAAAAAUAUAUAAAAGAUCAUUGGGCCAUGCGGGUUCCCCGUAAUAAUUAUGACCCAUACCUUUUGCCAAUUUAGCUCUUAAUACAGGAUCAAUUCAAGUCAGGUUUUUUUAUUAUUGGGAUAGGUGAAGUCUUAGAGAUCCAUCCCCCGAGGGAACCGGACAUGAUAAUUUUUAAUCAUCCAGCUCGAGCAAGACUCAAACAAAUAAUUAACAAAGAAUCUAUAAUUAAUGAAGAAAUACAUUUCUAUAAGAGUAUUAUAUUCAUUUAUACAGAAAAUAUAAUCUUUGAGAUAGGAAUAGUUCAAUGUAAAAGAAAAAAUUUGUUUUUCUCAAGUGAACCUUCUCUAGUCAAAAAAUUACAUUUUUUUAUUAUUUGCUUAUGCCUGACUACUCAAGACCCAAGUAGGCUUCAUUUUCUGAUAGGAUCAAGUGCUUUUUGGGUCGUCUCCAACCUUAGAAUGCGUAUUGAUCUGAAACUAUUUUCAAAAAAUUUUCAUAUUUUCAGAUAUGCAAAAAGGUUUACUUGUUACUAAAAAAAAGUCCAGUUUCUUUUCUUUUUCUUCGUUAGAUCUCUUGUUUCACC